GACCACGCCCCCACUUCCGCUCCUGCGCAUUGGCGCUCUAGGGGGACCCACGCUGCCUGGAGGACAUGGCCACUUCCAGGUUACCCCCGGCGACUCUAACACUAAAGCAGUUCCUGAGAAGGCAACAAGUUCUCCUGCUCUACAGAAGGAUUUUGCAAACAAUUCGGCAAGUUCCAAACGAUUCUGAUCGCAAAUACCUGAAGGACUGGGCAAGGGAAGAAUUCAAAAGAAACAAAAAUGCCACCGAAGAGGAUACAAUCCGGAUGAUGAUUACUCAAGGCAAUAUGCAGCUCAAGGAGUUAGAAAGAACACUUGCUUUGGCAAAAUCUUAACUACAGCAUUAUUCUGAAAGAUUUUCAAAGUCUCCAUGUAUGUUGUCCAGCUGAUUAGACUCAAUGAUGGACAGUCUGUACAGGACUUGGGAAAAUACAGAACAUGGAGCAUGGCAUGUCAGAGCAAAGAAAAGCACAUCAGAACAAUUGCCUGAACACUGAAAACUAUGUAUUUUGAAAAUGUUUUUGGAUGUGUCAGCAGUUUAAGCAGCAAAAACCAGUAUAGGUGGUCAGCACAGAAGAUGAUCAAUACCCUUAACUAUCUGGGAAAUACAGAGCUAAACCACACUGAGC